GAAGACAAGAAAGUCAGCAAGAUCCAGCCAACUUGCUGACUGCCUGCUGACUGCCGACGCUCCCUUUGAACAGCUGAAGAGUCAUUUUCCUCCUCCUUGCUUCCUCCUGAUCAUUAGUGACCGCAGUAGACCGUCGAGGGAGCGCGACCCUAGGACAAGGCAUCUUUGUACCUAGUUUGGCGCGCAGGUUUGCUGUGGGCCAGCUUGCUUGUCCAUUUGAGAAGAAGACUCGUGGGGUCUGAACGGGUUGACUCUUUUAGUUUCCUGCUUUAGCUCACGGCUGUGCUUUGCACCUGGAAUGGCUCUUGAAAAUCGUAGGUAAUCUAGUCUGUCCAAUAAAGCCAGAAUGAAUACUCUGUGGGGGCCAUACAAGCUCAGUGGGGCCACGUCGUUGAGAAUCAAAGAGAGGAUGGCAGCUCGACAACAGGACACUGAUCUGGAUCAGGGCAGCGGGAAGAGGAUGCACCUAUCUGUCCUCCCUACAAUUGCAGAGCAUGCGGGGACCGAUCUGUUGAGCAAGUCCCUGACGCAGGAGCUCAAGGCUGCAGAAUGGAAGACUCCUGUGAGGCCCGCUUCUCCCAAUAGCAUCCUGGAAAGGGCGGAAAGCGACUCGCCCAGCUCCUCAGCAACGAGUGACAAGUCAGAGGAUCUGGAAGUGGAGCAGCAGGAUUCGGCAGAGGAGAUGGAGGAGGUGGAUCUCGUGUCUCCAACCUCGCCCUUGCCUGGGUUUGAGGCUCCAUCAGCCAAGGCACAAGCCAAGUCGCCGAUCUGGUGCCCUGCUCCGGUCUCCGUCCGCCCUUUCUGCCCUGAGUUUUGGUCCUCUUUCUCUUCCCCGACAAAGCCGUCCCCCUCUGUCUGGGCCUCACUGGAUUCCCCUAGCUCCCAGCCAGCUGGCAUAUGGACAACCCUACCCAGCCCCAAGCAAGAAAAACUUGCUGAGCGCAGUGCCUCUCCAGAGCCUCUACCCCUGUCCCCUAUCAGCUCUCCCAGCUCUCCCCCCCCCCCAACAUUCUCAGCCAGCAUCUACACCUCGGUGCCGAACAACGCACCGAUCAGCCGCAGCAUGCAGGCCGGGCGCGUCCCUGUCCUCGAGCGGGAGUUCUCAUUCAAGCUGGGGGUCACAGCGGCAGAGCCCCUCCCAGCGGCGUCUGCCAAGCACUUUACGCGGUCCCUUUCCCUGGGGGCGGCAGAGGCUGUGAGAGCGCACCCCCUGGCUGCCGUAAAAGCUAAGCAGGCAUUGCAUUCGGACGCGAACCGGCGUCCCGCAUCCGCUGAGAGGGCACUGGGAAAGCUCUCCUCCUCUUUGCCCAGCCCCAACUUUUUCCCUUCCAAUAGGAAGCCCCCAUCCCCUGGUACUAGCCCGGUGGUUUCUCCCCGCAGCCAGGGGGGCAGUUUUUCCCAGGGAGGCCCCCCCCCCAGGAAGCACCAGUGGUGCUGGCGUUGUGGCCAGAGGGGGGACCUGGCGACCACAUGCCUGGUUUGCACUGGGGACUUUGCAGUUUGCGGGGGGUGCGCUCACGAGAGGGCCGCAAAGGGGCGGCGCCCGGACACGUGUCUCUGCGGGGGUUGCAUGAGCAGACCCAUCGACCCCGCCGUGAUCGAGCGGAUCCAGAGGAUGAGCCGGAGUAGUUCAUUUGUGGGGAAGCAGACUGGGUUGGGGGGACCCCCCAAUGGCAGCGGCCAGCGAGGGGGGGGUGCGCUUAUACCGGCGCAGCACGCGGGGGGAGCGCUUAUACCUGCACAGCAUGCGGGAGGCGUUCGGAGCCGGUGACCAUGCAGGGCCGUGUGUCGGACUGCUGGGAUGCAGCCGGCCACACGGGGGCCCGUUUUGUACACUAGAGUUUUAGGGUUGUACAUGUGUAGUCUGAGACUCUGAAUUGUUGCACGAUACCUUUGUCUUGGUGAUAUAGGCCACUAUACCCUUGUCUUGGUGAUUUAGGCCAUUAGUUGUUGUCCGACAGUCACGUGGUUGCGCCGAAAUGGAGCUGUGGAGAGGCCCUUGGUCUAGGUGGAUGUUGUACAUUCGUUGUAGGUUCACUGUACCAUAGAAAAGUGCGGGAGAGGUGUCUUGAGUUGCAUGGACCCCAGCAAAGAGUUGCUUAAGGAAGUAGUUGAGCAAUUCAUUCUUUGGGGAGGGGGUUAAUGUGAUGCAUUGUUGGGAUCAAACAACGAAAGGAGUCGAAGCGAAGUUGUACUCCUCUGGAGGUUUGUGGAAAGUCUUACAUCUGGACAAGCAUGGCAGAUGGUGACUAAAAUCUUUGCACUUCGUGUGCAACAAGUGGGAGGGGGAGGUUUGUCUAAUUUCAACGCGCUCGACCAUUCUCUC